AUGGACAUCGUGGGCGACAACCUGAUUUAUAAAUGCCUUCUAGCGGGGCCUACAACAAUACGACCACCUACAAGUAGCAUAAAACGAAAUACCGUCGCACUUGGUAUCUGUCAUACAUGGCCCUACGUCGACCCGUCUACGAAGAGGAUAAGGCGAGCCUCUUUCUCAACGGCUGGUUCCGUCGAAUCACAGACCAAUUAUGGCCGAUUUUUCAGAAGCAUGGACUUUAUCCCCUCCACAACGGUCUCUUCAGCAGCACUUAUGUCUUUAAAGACCCAGCCACCAAAGUCGUUACGGGCCAAGCAACGUUUCUCUACUGCGUUCACACCGGGAAAGGGCUACCGCAUUCGGCUUAUAAACGGUACUAUAAACACUAUGCUCGAGUUUCCCAUAGGUAGAGACAAGAUGACGGAUAUUGUAAACAACUUGGUUUUCAUAGAACUCAUUACAGCUAAUGUUUUAAGCGGUGGUGUUGGUCAACGUUACGAUAUCAUCGUCACGGUCGAUGGUGGCCAAGCCUGUGGUAACUACCGGAUACUAGCAUCGUGCGACAGUGCUUGAAGCGCCGUCAAUGACACGUUUGACGAUAUUCGAGGUAUUGUGCGGUACGCUGAGUCUGAUAGUUUGCCAAAGUCUUCCGCGUACAGACGGCAGGAGGCUUGCCUU